UAUACCGACACAUAGAAGUAGUUCGUAAAAUUUUGAAUUAUACUAUUAAUUUAAUGUUGUAUUUGAGCUUGUAUUUGUAUAUCUUAGUUUAAAUUAAUUUCUCAGUUAAGAUAAUUAUUGCAAACAUAAUGAAGAUUCCCAAGAGUUAAGUCAUUAAGUUUGACUGCUAAAUUGAAAUCCUCCAUAUACGUCCGAGGUUGUUUUCAAAAUGGCCGAAUAUUUCAAUGGCGACAAUUAAAACGAAACUGGUGUUAUCGAGUUAGAAAAAAAUGAAUUUUAAAGUGAGGUGGAAGUCUUGAUGAUGUGAUGAUGUGGUUUUGUAUCGAGAUUGAUUAGAUGUAUAAGAAAACAAUCGUUAUGAGGAUAAUUUGGCUGUAAUUCACGGACAAGACCCGUAUGACAUAUUGUUCUGUGGUCAACCAAUGAAAAUGUAUUACAAACGGUUACAUUCAUCGACAUCACGGGGUGUACAUGUCGAACUCGCUAGUAAAACGUGGAUUUGGCGAGGGAAACUCAACGACCUAAAAGAACGAUGCAACGCUGACAUUUUGCCCGAGGAUUGCAUCAUUAAAAUACAAGCAAAUCUCAAAUACCUCACAAGCGUAGAUGCAGAAAACAGAACAGUCUUCAAUAGGCAAGUUCCCGGACAUCCAUCAGCACGACUUUGUUGGCUCGGUGGAGCUGUCGUUCAUUGAUCUCGUCGACCCGGAAGUGGAUACCUGCACUCGCUGUAAAACACUCCGUGUACCAGGUUGCGCGCGAGGUCUUGGAUCUGCAUAACAGUAUUCAUAGCCACAAGCGUGAAUGCCGUGACAAGUUGUCGCUCCAUGUCGAUGCAUACAAACUCAACAAGAAAGGCAAGACUGAUGUGUACCUUGGGAUAUCCCGCAGUAUCGACAAUGUAAUGUUCCAUCCCAUCUACCGCACUGAGGCGGACAAGAAGACACAAUAUCCAAGACGGCGCCCUUUCGAGCUUGGUUUACAACGUUUGUGUAAUGGAGAUUGGAAUCGCCAGCUCGAGUUUGCAGUAUGACAACACAGGGAACCAACAAGUUUUACAGAAGUAAGGCCGCGACAGCAUGCUGUGGAAUGUGAUUCCUGCCAUCGCUGGCAACACCGCAUUUGCGGAACAGGAAUUUCCCUUGCUACGUAUCGGGAGGCACCAAAGAAUGAGGCGGGGUUGACGUUUGUGUGCCGUCCGUGUCUGCAGCCAUCCACUACAGUUGAAGAUGCCGACAUGCCGACGCUAGAACGGACGAUGCCAGUGGAAGAGAACUCCGACGACGAUUCCGAGAUGCCUUCUCUUAACCACAGCGUGUUACCAGACGACUCGGCGUACGCGUAUGGCCCUGUGCUCGAUGUUGACACCAGCGUCGUUCACCUGCACACCACCAGAGCUGAGAUGCCAGUGGAAGAGAACUCCGACGACGAUUCCGCGAUGCCUUCUCUUAACCCCAGCGUGUUACCAGACGACUCGGCGUACGCGUACGACACUGUGCUCGACGAUGACACCACAGUAUUGAGCGUCGUUGACAUGCACAUCAUCAGAGAUGAGUUUCAGCUUUCCGACAUCGACGACCAUGUCCUUCCGGUGUUGAAUUCUACUGCGUUUGAUGAGUCUUACUACUCGUUUUACACCGGAACCGAUGCCAGCCACAAAGAGGACAUUUCCUUUGACGUUACCGGCAGGAACGUCGCCGAGGUCGUCCCAGUAGUGGAACAGUCUCACUAUGGGGCCCUGACGGAGACUAUCUUGGAGAACCGCGGCAUCACUUGGACCGUAAUAGAUGGCGGUAGUCAACGGGGAUCAAAGGUCCUCAUUUCCAGUUUGGGCUACGCUUACGGAGUCAAGAGAGAGAACAAGGCAUCCACGAUAUGGCGGUGCACCUCGAGAAGUAAGAGCAUCAAGUGCAAGUGCCUUUCAUUGGUCCCAGGCGGCUUGGCGACAUGUACAGAGCGUGGGGCUAGCUGAGACCUAUCGGUGUAGGGUCGGCGUAUUUAACUUCGUAAGGAUGCUGCUGGCCCUGAAGUUUCUGCCUGCCAGUCAUAUUCGCCGUGCCUUUGAUAAGCUGGCUGAGACAGCGACAACUGAAGCCACUCGUGCGCUAACUUCCUAUAUCGAGAGGCAAUGGAUGAUGAAUCCCAUCUAAAGUUGCGGUGGAGGAUUGGUCUGUCUUCAGACCAUUCGCACCAACAACGAUGUCGAAGGGUGGCACAACCGUCUUAAUCUGAAAGCCGGAUGGAGUGGAUUGGGAUUAUACAGCGGCUCGUCCCAGUUCUUCGCCGAGAGGCCGAGCUCGUUCAGAUGUCUGUAGAGCCGGAGGACUUGGAGCGAGGAGGCAACGUCCGUUGUCUGCGUCAAGACAAUACCAUCAGGAAGCUCGCAGACGACUACUUGAGUGGAGACAUGAGGACUUCAGAAUAUCUUGGAAGGAUCGGAGAUGUAUAUCGGCUGCGUAUGUGAUUUGCUGCCACAUCUCUCAGUCAGCAAUCCUGAUAUAUUGUCACAUUGUUAAACACAUUAACAUUAACCUUG